AUGUACUUUAGUCUGGAUCGUAUUCCUUCUAGGGCCAGUGUGAUUAAGGAGUACGGUGUUUCCUGGGAUGGAAUCAACGUGACUUUACACUGUAAGUCUUCGGUAUCAUGUUUGAUCUCCCUGCACAAAGGCAAAAAUGGCAAUGAAGAGCUUGACGAAAAUGAAACUGUUUUAAAUUGAUAAAACGUGGAGUAGGGUUGAGGUUGAGUAGGAAGGCUUGUUCUUAUUUCUUGUAAAAAAAGCCAUGCCCAGUGUUAAAAGACAUUAAAAACUUUACAGACAACAUUUUCACAGGGCCAAGCGAGCGUAUUGUUUCAGUCUCGUCCCGGUGCGAGAAUUGGACGAAUUCGUGAGAGAUUUAUCCGGUGGAUAGCGUUUCCUGGUGCCUGAUCUGUCAAGACCACGAGAUCAUUAUGAAGAUUAGCACCUUUGGGACCAAGUGGACUGUCAGUAAUAGAGAUGUCCGUGAGGCGCGUUUUCUUAUGGGGGUAACGCAAUAUUUUGAGUCUUAAGCUAAUACUUUGCCCUUGAUUUAUUGCAGAUGAGUGCCCUACGCCCGGUUGUUAUCUUCCUGAUGGAUGCCCACACGGUCUUGCUAGAAAUAAAUAUGGAUGCAUAACAUGUGAAUGCGCAGGUGAGUGCUGAGUGAAAUGCGCAUCGGUGAUUAGCCGUGGAUAUUUAACAAUCAUAAAGGUUGAAAAUACCGGCGUAAAAAAUAAUGAAGAUGAAUUACAUUGCUUUUCAUAAUACGCCACUUUCACAUCUCCCAUAGUGCACCUCAUUUGAACCCAACACUUUGCAUAACCUUUGUUUUUCAUUUCUCCUGUGUAUUACAGCCGUCCCAUGAGAAACUGAAAACAAUGCUUAUGCAAAUAAGGUGCAUUAUGGGAAAUGUGCAAGUGGGGUAUAAACAUACCCAGGAGGUCCCUAGUUUGGGUCUUAUAUCAAAGCGGCCUUCGUUUUGAUAAAUCAAAAGGUGUUGCUCUGUCAUAACACUGUGUGUCAUGUAAAAUAGACCGUCUAACACAAAUCAACUUCACAAGGCACCCUUAUGCUGGUGUAACAGAAGGAGCCUAACACUUUAUUGGAUAACGCCGGUGCUGUCCAUAUCGUCUGCGUGCGCAGUGAAUAGGUAGUCAGCGCAACCCUGUUGGAAAACUUAAGCGUUUAUGAUAUACGGUGUUUUCACAUGACGUCACGGCGGCCAUAUUGGUGUCCCAAAACAAUGAAACGGCGGCCAUGUUGAUGUCCCAAGCCAAUCCUCUGGGAGCUAAACUCUUUUCUUAUGCAAACGCUUUCUUUUGUUCCAAUAAAUUUGCAUAGAUGCUGGCCACGUGAGUGAAAACACUCUAUAUAAGCCCCUUAGCGCAGCUUUAAAAAUACGUACCAUUCUGGGAUUAAACUGUGCCCAUCCAACCCGCUCCUAACGCAACAUUUUGUUCUUAGUUAGAAGUUAAAAAGUGUUAGCUUUGAUUAGGGGAAGGGUAGGUACCAGAAUCUAAUACUGUUAAGGAUUUUUUUAAAAGAAAUCACCAGGUGCCCAUUAUGUGACUAGUGUGAUACUUAUUUUCCACCCAUUGAUUUUCAAUCGGAAAUGCAAUAAUUGUCGCGGUCUGCAAUAUUGUACUAUUUGUACGUCUUCCAGCAUACCGCAUGCAAUCAGAUCCUACGCCUUGACCUCUAGUUUGAGCGUGUUCUGCCUCUGAUCCCUGCUACAACUGUUUUCUUGUUCGCAGGUGUGGCAGCCAUCACUGUCCAGUUUUCCAGUCUCCUCUUCAUUGCGAUCGCCUUGCUUUACAAUUUCAUGUAGAAAUAGACUUUUCAUUUUGUUACUGGCUUUUGGCUGAUCUGUUACAAAACAGAAGAGGGCGAGACGAAACCGAGUUGUUGUUUCGUUUUUAGCCCUUGAGGAAAUAAUGUCUUACGUUUCGUUUUCGAUGCACCUUCCAGUUUUCAAUGCCUUGAAAAAAUAAAACUAUUGGUCGUUUGUAAGUAAAAUAAAACGGAAUUAGAAAAUCAUGUUGCAGUUUCAAACUAUAUUGAUAAUAGCUGGCACAACGCAGGCCCGAUUUGCUACAUUUGCAAAUAAUUAUUUCAACAGACACAAAACUGAAGCGUAUUUUGAGAAGUGAAAUUUUGAUUCAGUUUAAGCAAAGUUGCUCUCUCGUCAGUUAUAAUCUAUUAUUUCAAAAUACACCGAUAUGUGAUUUAAAGGAAACAAAUUUCUUUAACUUAAAUAUUUAGUUACACAGGAGUCCAUAAUUAGUUACGUAGUCAUCUACUUGAAUGUUUUUCCGUGACGUAUCACUGAACCCACGUUUUGUUUUUUUAAGAAAGAAAAUGUAGUAGUGUAGUAUUGUACAUUGCCAAUAAAUGCAAAUUAAUUAUCUCACGCUAGACUCGUAGUUUUAUCUAUUAUUUUAACGUCAAAACGUUUGUUUCUGUGAAGAAACUGAAGGAUGAUUCUCAUUUUGAUUCUUAACUUUGUGCUCGGUAAAGUUUAUCAUGGAGCCCUCGCGCCAAGACAAGUUUAUCAAGUAACUCAUGAAACGCCGUUCGCUAUAUUUUAAUUCACUUUCUCCACAAAUCAAAAAGUCGUCCAGUUUGACUUAAUUGCAUAGCGUUUCAACCAGAGAUCGCCAACAGUGUCAGUAAAUCGGGACCGGCGAAGUUCUGUCGAAGUUAGCUCGAAGUUGUAGAUCGUAGUAGUUGGACGUGUCAGAUCAAUCCUCGCUUUGAAACAGAGGCUUGACGCAACUAGAAAAUGGCCUGUUGCAGAUUUUUGGUGUCUGGCGUUUUUCUUCAGAACGAGGGUCGAGAUGCGUGCCGCUGUGCAUGUCUUUCCUUUAUGUUUCGCUGCAAGCUUAUAUUGGCGAGGUUGUGCAUGAAGACAACUUUUUUAUUCGUACUUGUUGAAUUCGAAGGUAAGUUAUCAGUAUAAUUCAUUUGCAAUGAUUUUGCCAUGUUUUGCAGUAGAAUAGAUGGAGAUCUCGAAAAAUAUGUCAGUCUUUUGCUGGGAAAAGCUUUUUCUGCGGAAGUUUUUAAACCAAGUCAUAAGAUCACUGAAGCUAACUAGUGUUUAGUUGUCGUGAUAGUCGAGCUAUUAGGGAGCUUAAGCAAAGACGACGACAACGGCAACUAGAAUGACAGAAAAGCAAUAAGUGUCAUAGAUUUACUCAGAUUAGCAAAACAGAACUUUGCACGUGGAUAACACUACAUUUCUUUGCCGUCGUAGCACGACGAAUUUGGAUUUAUAUGGGAAUAUAUACUGGGACGUAUAUCCGGAUGUGUACGUGCAGUAAGCUGCUGCCCAUGCCCAUAUCAGAAACCCGUUUUGAAGAAACAGUUUUCAAAAAUGAUUGCGUAUUCUCUUUCUGAUAUGUGCAAAAUUGCCUUUCGUGCCUUUACGUGCGUUAAUUAGUUAACGCACGCUGAUUGCCUAAGAACACGAAAAGCUCGAAAUUUUUAACGAAUUCAUUUCAUCUUCUGUUCUGAUAAACUCAUGAGAAGUACUUACCUUUCCCACAACGCAAGGCAUUCAGUUCCUUAUCUGUCUUUUGAGAGCCGAGUAUCGUUUGUCUGUAAACAGAAGGAUGUUUGUCCCAUUCGUAUUUCGGCGUUUUUCUUCCAUUGCCUGUGGGCAAAUCCCAUUUCUCCAGACUGAUAACAGGCUAAUCACAGUCCCCACUACUACCCGACAUCAAGAACUGCUGUAUAACAAAUAACUAUGUGUAGAGAGCUUUAGAUUUGAGGACGAGAACGAGCGAGUACGAGAUUUAACUUAAAGUUUUUGCGCGUGUGUUCUAACAAAGAACACCCCGGAAAGCUUCCUUUUACUUUUUUUCACCAAAAAAUUUAUCACGGUUAAUUUGUACUGAAGGAGGUUACGCUCUCUCCCGAUAGCAAAAUGAUAAAACGUCUCACAUUUGAUGACUCAUUCCCGGCACUACGACAUUCUCGCUAAAACUUGUAGUAGACUGACGACGGCUACAAAUUUUCCCGCCAAAAUGACGUUGGUUCGCCCGCGCGCACUACUUAGUAUUAGUAAAAUCUCGUUGUCGUAGUCGUCCUCGUCCUAGAAUCUAAAGCUCUCUAGCGUUGAAUGUACGAGCGCCUGUUUUCACCUGCAGGCCAAACGGCAUGAUGUCAACACCGACGUUAGUAACAUGGCUUAUAUGGAGCCUAGGUGUGCUUUACGUUGAGAAUGCCGAAGCAGACACUCGACUUCCCUGUCCAAGUGUGCAGAGGGACUUUUAUCCCGGAGUUGCACCUCAGGAUUCAUCACCACCCUAUGUACUUAACGUGACUGACAAAGAUGGUCAGCCUCUUUAUGAUCUGCGUUACCAAACGGGAGAUGCUACACACCUAAGUAAGAUUUGGAGUGUGGGUACAGGAGAAAAUUAGCUUGAUUUGAAGGCUAAUAUUGAGCGUUUUCUCAUGACGUCACGUCCGUUAUUUUUGUGUCCCAAUUGAAACGGCUGCCAGUCCUGUGGGAGUUGAACCUUUUGCUUACGUAAAAACUUUCUUUUGUUCCAAUAAAUUUGCAUAGCUACUGGUCACGUGACAGGAAAGGCUCUGGGGUUAUGUUUAGGGAUAUCCUUAGUUACACCAAUUAAAUGGAAUCCAGUACGUUCCAAGGUGAAGCUGCUAAACUCUUCAAUAAACCACCUUUAUUAGUUAGAAACUGCUCAGAUUUUAGUACUUUUUCUAAAGCGACAUUUGACUAUGUAACGGAAACUGAGAAUUAACAAAACAUAGCUGUACAUAGUAUAAUUGUAUUUUAUUUUUUAUUAUACAUAAAUUUUUGAGGAAGGAGGGCAUUGUUAUCCUGACAUAGUUUUUAGAAUAGUUUCAUUCAAAUUCCUAGUAAUGUAAUAGUUAGUCUUUUCGUUUUGUUUUUUGUUACACUUAUUUUCUUUUAUCAUCCAGGUGAAGAGCCUCCUUUAUGGAAAUAUUGGAAAUAAAGUUAUUAUAAUUAUUAAUUAAUUAAUAAUAAUUAUUAUUAUUUGUUUCCCAAUGUCCUUCAAUGUCGUUCAUUGAUGUUGUUUCCCCAUUUCCUAUCUUUCAUCCUUCCAGUCUCGCUGAGUGGCCAGCAAACCGGAAAUAAAACAGAGACGUUUGUGGGGUUCAUCUUAAACGUAUACAACGAGUUUGAGGAUGAACCAAGUGGUCAUUUUGUGGCACCAUUGCCUCAGGGAGUAAAGAAAGAAGAGUGUCAUUACAAAAACCGGUCUUUUAUGGUAAGUCGCAUAUACUAGUUUCAUUUUUUCACAACUCCAUAAAUCAAAUUACAGUCAACUCUCUCGUAAGUGACCACCCUUGGUGUACAACAGAGUGGUCGCUUACUGGAGGUGGUCUUUUUCGGGAAAAAUCAAGAAAAUAACCUCAAACUGAACUGAUUAACAUAGUCACAUAAAGUUAAUACCUAAAAAGCUCAAACUUAGGCAAAUUAAACUUCUGGCAAUAAUCUUGUACAUCGAAUAGCGCUUGGAGCUGUUGAAACUUUGUACAUAACGUUUUGCNGUACUUAACGUGACUGACAAAGAUGGUCAGCCUCUUUAUGAUCUGCGUUACCAAACGGGAGAUGCUACACACCUAAGUAAGAUUUGGAGUGUGGGUACAGGAGAAAAUUAGCUUGAUUUGAAGGCUAAUAUUGAGCGUUUUCUCAUGACGUCACGUCCGUUAUUUUUGUGUCCCAAUUGAAACGGCUGCCAGUCCUGUGGGAGUUGAACCUUUUGCUUACGUAAAAACUUUCUUUUGUUCCAAUAAAUUUGCAUAGCUACUGGUCACGUGACAGGAAAGGCUCUGGGGUUAUGUUUAGGGAUAUCCUUAGUUACACCAAUUAAAUGGAAUCCAGUACGUUCCAAGGUGAAGCUGCUAAACUCUUCAAUAAACCACCUUUAUUAGUUAGAAACUGCUCAGAUUUUAGUACUUUUUCUAAAGCGACAUUUGACUAUGUAACGGAAACUGAGAAUUAACAAAACAUAGCUGUACAUAGUAUAAUUGUAUUUUAUUUUUUAUUAUACAUAAAUUUUUGAGGAAGGAGGGCAUUGUUAUCCUGACAUAGUUUUUAGAAUAGUUUCAUUCAAAUUCCUAGUAAUGUAAUAGUUAGUCUUUUCGUUUUGUUUUUUGUUACACUUAUUUUCUUUUAUCAUCCAGGUGAAGAGCCUCCUUUAUGGAAAUAUUGGAAAUAAAGUUAUUAUAAUUAUUAAUUAAUUAAUAAUAAUUAUUAUUAUUUGUUUCCCAAUGUCCUUCAAUGUCGUUCAUUGAUGUUGUUUCCCCAUUUCCUAUCUUUCAUCCUUCCAGUCUCGCUGAGUGGCCAGCAAACCGGAAAUAAAACAGAGACGUUUGUGGGGUUCAUCUUAAACGUAUACAACGAGUUUGAGGAUGAACCAAGUGGUCAUUUUGUGGCACCAUUGCCUCAGGGAGUAAAGAAAGAAGAGUGUCAUUACAAAAACCGGUCUUUUAUGGUAAGUCGCAUAUACUAG